AUGGUUUCUGGCGUGGCCUGUCGGAUUUUUUUGCGCAGGUUGGUACGUCUGUCUUUCGCCGUUCGAAGCCUGUGUAGAUGCCAUGAAGGGACUGACGGAGCUGUUGAUGCGUGGUGUGAAAUUACCCUUGGAAGUAGCUCAGCAUAUGGUCGAGGGAAAGCAGGGGUGGUAAACGAAAGAUGCAAGAAUCACUUUGACCUUUUAUAUAACUGCUUUGGUUGGAUGACAUUAUCCUGUUUUUGUAGCAUGGGCCAUUUUAAUAUUGCUGGAGUCAUUGAACUUUAUAACACGGGGAAAGUUGGGAAAACAAUAGCUAGUCUACGAUAUGUGAUCAAUGCUUCGAUGCACGUUGUUUUGUUUGAUCUAGAAAAGCCCUGUUCGUUCAACCGAAACUGGAACUGAAUUCGUGCUGCUUCACUGAAUCUUUCAGUACUAUAUGCUGUCAGACACUGCUUAUAUCACAAUUGUGGCGGUUCGUUAGGUAAAGAAUUGUACCCAUCGACUCAAUAUUCACUGCUUAAUUGUUACGUAGAAAUCUACCCUUUACACGUGUGCCUUGAAUAAAAUUAUUCUGAUUUUGACUGAUUUGUGAUUUAUUGUUUAUUGUCCUUUUAUUACUGUAAAAAUGCCCUUGAAAUCCGCUUUGUGGUAGUCUAUUUUGCCUCUCCGAAGUUGCCCAGAACGUUCUUACUGUCAGCUUAAAUUUUCCCUGGUGGUCGUGCGAGAUCAGUUCGAGGUCUUUCAAGAGACUGUCUUCAACGCCCAGUCACACACGCAAGUUGAUUAUUCAGCGUUAUUGUGUUUUACCCUACUAGUAUGCAAAAUCAAUUGCUCAUGCUGAAUAAAGAAUACUCCCUGUUGAAAAAAUGGUGAUUAGGCCGUUAAAAAACGUUUUAGUAUUUUUCAUGGGCGCGUAGUACGGGUCUUAAAGGGAAGCACAAAAAAAUCAGAGCGGCGGCUUCUCGAUUUUUUAGUGGGUUACAUUUGUACUCCAUGGUUUCAAAUUCUCAAUGUAUGUGUCACGCGAUGAUCAAUUUGUUACACAACUGCCAAUAUUCCAUCUUAGGGGUUCGUCACGCGUGGGAGGCUAGAAUUGACGGUAAUAGUACCUAUUUCAGACCUGUACAAUUUACCCAAAUUUCUCUCAAACUCAACCCGAUAUUUUUGCAAAUUUUCUACAUAUCUUCAUUGACGUAUAAAGCGAAAUACUUUAUUGAUGAACUUCUUUUCCUUUCUUUCAUUUCGAGUCAUGUGAAAUUUUACAACUCAGCGAGAUUUUUUUUAAUUUUCAAGUUAGCAUGUCGUUUUUAAACAAAAACUAACUUUUAGCACUUGUGUGACAACAUUUACGUGCUCAGUGAUGACAGACAACAUAAACUCGUGACUCGCAACUCGCCCAGACGAGCUUCAGCAACAUCACAUCACGCUUCUUUCAUGGCAUAAAACCCGAGUUCCAGAUUUUUGUGUGAAAAUUCUAAUUAAACAAGGAGAGAGAAAAAAGGUUGGUGAAAUUUUCUAUUUUAUUCUUACCUUAGGUAACGGAAACUUAAAAAUAUGGACUAGCAUUAAGAUCACUCAACUUUAAUAUUAAACUCGUGAUUUAUGUUUUUCCGAGGGCUCCUCAGUGAGAAUUUUCCUCAGAAAUGACUUUGCUGCUCAACUCAUAGAUUUUCAUGUAAUAUCAGGGAUAGACAAUAACAGUAUGAUCAGAAACAGCUUUUUCGUGAAGCGACAAUUUUACGUUUAUUUUGGUUCAAAACCUGUUUAUCGAUGAUUUUCAUAUGACCUGACGAAAGAGUUAUUAAUAUUAAUGAUGAUAACUAAAUUAUGAUAAUGAUUAAUAGUUAAAACUAAUAUGAUAAAAACUAAUGAGAGCGCAUUGCAUCGAAGGAACCAGGGACUAAAACAUAUCCACAGCUAGCCAAUCAGAACGCAUGUACUUGAACGGGGAAGUUGAGUCUCUUUUGGGGCUUUAAUGAGGCUUGUGACAGGGUGACAUUAGGCCCCGGGGAGGGGGUACUCGGGGUACUCCCUAUAAUGGCAUAAACGGAGAGGCUCCGCUCGAAAGGGGUACCCCAAAGGGUAGGGAUUAGUUGAAGUAAUUAAAAGGGCAGGGAAAUCUGUCAUUUCGGUUUUUAAAAAAGGUCCAACAGGGCUAUCAGAUGUAUCGUAUGGCUGUGGAAAAGUCGAGAAAACAUUCUGGUUUUGUGAUUACUUCACAUUUCAAAGACAGCACAUUUAGGGAUGCAAAGCUCUAAACUAGGUAUGUGAUGGGGGAACGAUUUGUCAGUAGAAGAUGUACGAAAGGGGGUAAUUUUUCUUCCAAAAAUGGUAUAUAAAAGGGUAAGUAGUUGGAUCCUGGGGCGGAGCCUGCCCGUAUGAAACUGUUUUGAGUACGUAACCCCUCCCCUCUGGCAUUUAUCCUUUAGUUAGCUGUUGUGAAUUUCCUUUAUAUUAAAGCUUCUCCUUCCAUAUUUUUCCGUAAAACAGGUAAAAAAAAAUCUGUUGCUGACUCGCUUGGUCCGGAGGUUAACCUCAUUGCAAAAGAAGAAGUAGUAGUUCGACCUUUUCACUCAAGAUGACUGGAAAACAGAUCCUAUGGGCAAUCGCGUGGUUUCUUGUCCUUAUAUUUUUGGCCUGGCCAAUAGGAUUCUUCUGCGCUGGUUGGUACGUUUGCCUAUGUCCGUUUGAAGCCUGUAUUGAUGGAAUGAAGAGCAUCACAGCCCUACUUAUGAAGGGGGUCAGCUUGCCGUUCGGCGUCGCGCAUCGUAUGGUUAAAGGAAAAAGCUACUCGUCGAUUUGA